GUCCCAAAAUGGAAAACUUCCAGUUGGUCAUCAGAAUAUCACCUCAUUUGAACUUACCUAAUCACAUCACUUCCGCCCUCUUGAGUCUUGACUUCCGGCAGACCUCAACUGCCUCGCCCUACGAUUCUGCGGCCUGCCUAUCAGUCGUUCAGUCCUGGAUAUUCAUCAACAUCUUGAGGAAACAACAAAGUAUUCUCGCUCCAUCAUGACAUCUCCAGGAAUGAUUCUCAAAUGGUCUUCAAAGCCCAAGGACCACAACACAAUACGGGUCCGAGAGAACCAACGCCGCCAUCGCGCCCGGAGAAAAGCGUAUAUCGAAGACUUGGAGCGCCAGCUGGACGAAGCACGAGCGCAGCUUUCCGAUGCGUUGGCCGCAAAUGCCGAGCUUCAGUCCGAGAUGGUGGACCUGAGAACACUUUGCGCGACUCGUCGGCCGUUUCUCUGCGCCGGUUGCCAAGGACUAGGACGUACUUUGGAGAUGGAUUCGGAGGAAUCGGAAGAUUCGGAACCUCAUACUGCAGAAUACAAACUUGGGUCUACGUCCUCGACUGGUGGCUCAGAGGACAUACCCGGGCCAGAAGAACGUUUUUCGACGCCUGUUUCAAAGUCAUCGCCAUCUGAAUCGGCAUCUUCACCAGUUGUACCAGGUCCACCUCCAUCACCUCGAGCACCAAAGUCAACACGGUCUUCACAAUCGCCGGGAGGAGGACCUUCUCCCAAGAACUCCUCUUCUUCUCACGAAUCCCAUCUUCCAUUCAACCGCGACCGCGUCGCUGGGGGGGAGCGUGAGCGUCUGUCUUUACCACUCGCGGACGAGAAUGCCUCGACCGAUAUCUUCUUCGAGGCUGCCUUCCGCUUCCCACAACAGGCGCCGGGGGAAUCGACCAUUCCAUGCAUCGUCGCCGACGCCAUUAUUUCCGACCAAAGCUGCAACCGGCUCGACUUGCGUGCCUUGAGCGACCGGCUGGGCCCAGGGUUUCGGGGCGCCACCGUCCCCGAGGAGGGCUGUCGAAUUGUGAGCACAAGUGUCUUCUCAGUCCUGGACACUAUCAACCCAUUGUGAGGACAAAUACAAAGUGUAGUCUAUGUGUCAUUUACGUACAUAGU